CAAGUUGUACGAUCAUAGAACUUCUUUUCCUCUCGAUUUCUGAUAUAAUUAUUGUAAAUAUGGAAAGCAAGGACUAAAAUGAAUCAGAAAAAGAUUAUAAUUAAUUUACACUAUUCCUAAUUUUGAAUCCUUUCAUUAUACGCAGGAAAAUUUAAUAUCAUUCUGAAAGAAGAAACUUAAUUCGCCAUUCUUGUCGUGCUUUAUCCUUAUUUUCAUUACAUUGCUUUCAUACUUGAGCAAAAAGAUGUAUAAUAUCAAUUGGAGUCUGGCGAAGCAGUAUCACAGAAAGGGUGGCGUAAAUGGGAAGCAAAUGGCUUUAAGUAAAAUACGAAUCGUGGAAAACACCAAAAGAGUACAUGCACUAAAGAAAAUAUUUGUGUUUUAAUAUUUUUCAUAUUAUUCUUUGUCGAUAUACUGGAAUUUAAGGAUUCACAGCCAUGAUGACGUUUGUGUUAAACCUUUCCCUCUCCUGUCGCUUUAAUUAUAUCAUUCUUUUUGCAUAUUAGUAAAUUCUCGAAUUUAAGCUUUUUAAGUUAUCUACCAAUUGCUUUCUUGUUUAUUUAUUAUUGUGUAUCAAAAGCUAAUUCUAAUUUGUUGCUGCUGUUCAUUCGAGUCAAUUUCUCUUUCACAGUUUUUUUUUAUACCCCCUGAUGCGUUCUCUGUUUUGAAAUUGUUGCUCUGUUCAUUUGUUUUUUGUCUUAGCGAAAAGUGAUAGAACGAAAAGAGGACUAUAGUGCCAGAUUUUUAAAAUGGGGAUUGAUAUAAACAAGAUGUCUUUUUUUUUGGCAGUGAUCAUACCUGUAAGGUCCGUUUAUUUGCAUCGGCAUUUUCUUUUUAUAUAUUACCAAAGAUUCCAUAGAAUUGAGUAUGAUAAAUCAUAAUGCGUGUACGUGUGCGCCUGCAGUUAUUUAAAUAUGUAUCUAUUUCUAACUCGAAAUCUAAGCUUAAAUACAUUUUUCUUUUUUUUCCCACUUCAUUUUCUUGUGCGUCUUUCACUUUUUGUUUUUUUGUAGUCAUUUUUCAUUUUAUUUUUGUUGGAGGGUUAUGUGUUGUUUUUGACUGCGUAUGUUUUUAUACUCUUCUUUUUCUUUCUGAAAUGCCAUUUUAUGACUCGGAACGGCAAAACAUAUUCCCUGUGACAUUCGCAUGCACGCGCUUUCUCCGACGUAGACAAAAAUGA